CUCUUAGUCAGCAAUAAACAUAAUGAUUGGUAUAUUAUUGCCUGUAUACAUUCUCUAAAGCAUUGAAUUUACAUCAGUACCAAUCACAUCUUUCUAUUCAUUCCAGAUUCAAAUCACAACAUUUUAACUUAUCUACCAAUCAACUUGUUCAUAGCCAUCCAAACCAGAGCUUAAUGUGAGAGACUGCUACAGCAUCAAUGGAAACAUUGCAAGUUGUUGUGCUCACACAGUGCAAGACAAGAUGACAUACACCGGUCCAUUAAACAGGACAGCUAGCGUUUAACAUACUCAUUGAAAGGCAUUUCCUACAACAAAACAACCAUCUGAGCAUGUAUCCGUUUCCCAUUUGUGAAAUCUUUCCUCUGUUUGCAUUCCUGCAAUGGCACAGCAAUAAGUCUCACGCUCGACUUGCGACCCGCUACACCAAAAUGGCCCAACAGCUUCCUUUCAAUCUCUCCCAUAUAGUGUCUUAUUCAGCUUCAAUUUCUUUCUCUGAUUCUCCACCUGAAAUAUCCUUGUGAUUAUAGGUAUCACAUAUAGCCAUAUAGGCAAAGCAGGUCACAAUAUCACAUAUAGACAGAGCAGGUCAGGUCACCUUAAUAAUAAAACUUGAGGGUAAAUUAGUAAUUAGCCUUAAUUUUCCCAUUUCUGCUCCCUCGCCGUAAGCGACUUGUAGCGACUCUCGCCAGUCCAGUCCAAAAUCGGGAGGUGAGCGAAAUCUCCGGUUGUUUUUUUUCAGUCAUGGAGUUGAGAUCGGAUUCACGAUCGAGUUCGUUUUCUUCUCUCCUAUUCGUCGCGUUUCUCUUGUUUCUAUGCGGACUCGUUUCUCGUACCGACUCGGCUCAGCAACCUUUCCGUCGCGAGCCAGGUCAUCCUCACUGGCAUCACAGUGCUUUCCUUGACGUACGAGAGAGUGUUCGAUCCGAUGUCCGCCGUAUGCUUCACUCCCGUGCCGAGGUACCAUUUCAGGUUCCUUUGGAAGUGAAUAUAGUGCUUGUGGGUUUGAAUGGAGAUGGAGGUUACAGGUAUUCAGUGGAUCCUCAAAAACUAGAAGAGUUCCUAAGAGCCAGUUUUUCAACACAUAGGCCUUCAUGCCAAGAGACGGGCGAGCCACUUGAUAUUGAGCAUCGAGUUGUUUAUAAUAUCUUUCCUAGUGGGCAACCUGAAUUAAUAGCUCUGGAGAAGGCAGUGAAAGAAGCCAUGGUGCCUGCUGGAACUGCACUAGAGGCUGAUUUUGGAAGACACUUACCUGCCUAUGACGUAGAGGCAAUAAAAGUGGAGUCCGCAUUUAACCAGCUUUACUCGUAUAUAUUUGAUAUUGAUGUGGGUUCUGGAUCAGCCGCAACGGCAGAUAAACCUAUACCAAGUGCCAUAUUUGUAGUGAAUUUUGAUAAGGUAAGAAUGGAUCCUAAAAAUACAGAGAUUGAUCUAGACAGCUUGAUGUUUGCAAAGCUACCAGAGCUUAGUGAUGCAGACAAGGAGAAACAAGAGGCAGAUUAUAUUUAUCGAUAUAGAUACAAUGGUGGAGGAGCAUCCCAAGUUUGGCUUGCAUCAGGCAGAUAUGUUGUCAUAGAUUUGUCUGCGGGGCCUUGUACAUAUGGGAAGAUUGAAACUGAAGAGGGCAGUGUUAGUCCCAGAACAGUGCCAAGGAUACGAAACAUUGUGCUUCCAGGAAAUGUUAGCCCUGUUGGUCAUCAGUCUACCCAUGAUAUCUUUUCUGGUCAGUUAGCAGCGUUGGUAGCUACUACAAUUGAGCAUGUCAUAGCUCCUGAUGUCAGGUUUGAGACGGUUGAUCUAGCAACUAGGGUGCUGGUACCUAUCAUUGUGCUCCAAAACCACAAUCGAUAUAAUAUCAUGGAAAGAGGACAAAACUACAGCAUAAAUAUUGAAGAGAUAGAAUCUGAGGUAAAGAAAAUGAUUCAUCAUGGCCAAGAAGUAGUGAUCGUUGGAGGGGCUCAUCCAUUACAUCGUCAUGAGAAGUUAGCUAUAGCCGUCUCAAAAGCUAUGCGUGGGCAUUCCCUUCAGGAAACGAAGAAGGACGGAAGAUUUCAUGUGCAUACCAAAACAUACCUAGAUGGUGCUAUCCUCAAAGAAGAGAUGGAAAGGUCGACUGAUGUUCUAGCUGCUGGUUUGCUCGACGUGUCUGACCCUGGGCUUUCUAAUAAAUAUUUUCUCCGCCAGAGCUGGGAUGAUGAAUCUGAAGGUUCAAGUGAUUCCAUAGUAAAGCACAGACCUCUCUGGUCAUCUUAUAGCUCCAAACUUCAGAAGGGAAAGAAAAAGAAGGCCGUUAAGAAAAAAGGCGAUCUCUACCGCACUUAUGGAACAAGAGUUAUUCCAGUGUUUAUACUCUCACUAGCCGAUGUAGAUCCAAUGCUCAUGAUGGAAGAUGAGAGCCUCGUGUGGGCGAGCAGUGAUGUUGUCAUUGUGCUUCAGCAUCUAAAUGAGAAAAUACCUUUGAGUUAUGUUUCUGAAACAGAGAGACAGCAUGCUGUCCCAUCACAGGUACAGCGACAUGUACUUGCAGGUAUAGCUUCUGCUUUAGGCGGUGUAAGUGCACCAUAUGAAAAGACCUCACACGCGCAUGAAAGACCUAUCACCAAUUGGCUUUGGGCAGCCGGUUGUCACCCGUUUGGACCAUUCUCAAACGUCUCCCUGAUCAGUCAAAUGCUUCAAGAUGUUGCACUGAGGAAUACUAUUUAUGCUCGGGUUGAUUCUGCUCUACGCAAAAUCCGUGAAACAUCAGAGGCAGUACAAAACUUUGCAUCCGAAUACCUUAAGACUCCACUUGGCGAGCCAGUGAAAGAUAAAAAGAACAAAACCAAAACGGAGCUAUGGGUCGAGAAGUUCUACAAAAAGACAACAACAUUGCCUGAGCCUUUCCCACACGAGCUAGUCGAAAGAUUAGAGAAAUAUCUAGACACUGUAGAAGAACAACUGGUGGAUCUAUCUUCUUUGCUAUACGACCACAAGCUAUACGAUGCUCACCUCAACAGCUCAGAGAUUCUUCAAACCACCAUGUUUACACAACAGUACGUAGAACAUGUACUGGAAACAGAAAGGGAGAACAUGAGAUGCUGUAAGAUAGAGUACAAAUACACAGUUGGAGUAAAGUCUUACCAAACGUUGGUGUACGGAGGAAUACUUGUGGCUGGUUUUCUCGUUUAUUUCCUUGUCAUUUUCUUCUCUUCUCCUCCUUCUCGCUAGCCUACACCUUGGUAUUUACGGUCUAAUAGAUUUUUGUAAGUGUAACAAUUUCUUGUUGAAGAGUUACUUUUAUGAACUAAUUUUUUCGUCUGAUAAUUUUGCUUAUUUUAUUGACUUACCUAAUUCACACUGAUUCAACAUAUAUAAGUGAUUGUGCGGGUCGA